AUGGCAGGUAUGAAUGCAUCGGAGAACUUAUUACAAUGUCCAAUAACAAUGGAAUUAUUUCGUGAUCCAGUCUUGACACCAGAUGGUCAUACCUAUGAGAGACAAGCGAUCGAACAAUGGAUUCAAAGUCAUGGAACAAGUCCGAUGACGCGACAGCCAUUGUCCACUGAACAGCUGUAUCCGAAUCGUACUGUGAAAGAACUUGUUGACGGUUUUGAGACAUUCUUGCGCCAAAAAAAUUACCAGUUUAUAUUAGAUGUCGAUGUGAAAAAAAAGAAAGGACGACCACUAUUUCAGACAGUCGGGAAAACAAUUUAUGAUGCUGAAUGGUUACCAAAUAAUAAUAAUCGACCAGAAAUAAUAUUAUUAAAAAUUGAUGGUGCUCGGGCAAAAAAAGAAGCAUCUUUCUACGUAGAUUUAAGUCGUCAUCCGCAUAUCAUUCGAACAUUUGGUUUUGUAUAUGACAGAAACAAUCCCGACCAAGAUAAUUCAGUCCUGCUUUUACAAGAAUAUGCACCCGAAGGAAGCUUUUAUGAAGUAUUACAGGAACGAAGGACGGCUCCUGAUGAACCAAUUCUCAUUGAAAUAUUUUUACAGAUUAUUGAGGCAAUGAUAUGCCUGGCAUAUAAUUAUGUCAUUCAUGGUGAUUUAGCGGCUCGUAAUGUCCUGGUAUUUCGUUUUGAUGAAAAUCAACCAGAAAGGAAUGUUGUGAAAAUCACCGACUUUGGUCUUAGUAGACAUAGUCAACUGUAUUCAAGGAUACCAGGUGCUGCAAGAACAACAUUGAACAUAGUUCCUAUUCGGUAUGCGGCACCAGAAGUACUUUCAUCGAAUGCAACAUCGGAAGUGUACACUGAAAAAUCAGAUGUUUAUUCAAUGGGUGUGUUAAUGUGGGAAGCAUAUUCUCGAGGUUUAUUGCCAUGGGCGAACAUCGAACGCGAUGAUGAUGUCAUUCGACGAGUCAGAAAUGGCGAUUUACUACCUCAACCAUCCAAUUGUAGUCAACCUUUUUGGUCGAUCAUCACAAGAACCUGGUCCCGAUCACCAAGUGAUCGCCCAACAUUCACUGAAUUGAAAAAUCUUCUAAGCAAACAAUACUAUCGUUCAAGUAAUUGUUGA